UGUCGUGUGGCUAGUUUAACCGCCGAGGUAAAAGCAAGAUGGCAGAAGCAGUGACAGGAGCUCAGAUUAUUGCUGAGGCGCUGAAGUCUCAGAAUGUGGAGUACAUGUUUGGUGUUGUUGGUGUGCCCGUCAUUGAGGUGGCCAUGGCUGCUCAAGCUGCGGGUAUCAAGUAUGUGGGAAUGCGCAACGAACAAGCAGCCUGCUAUGCUGCUUCUGCAAUUGGGUAUUUGACUGGAUGUCCAGCAGUUUGUCUGGUCGUGUCAGGGCCUGGACUGAUCCAUGCACUUGGUGGAAUGGCCAACGCUAAUAUGAAUUGCUGGCCUGUAAUAGUCAUUGGAGGUUCCUCUGAUCAGAACCAGGAGACCACUGGAGCAUUUCAAGAGUUCCCUCAGGUGGAAGCCUGUCGCCUUUACAGCAAGUUUUCUGCCCGUCCAAGCAGUCUGGCCAUGAUUCCAGCUGUAGUUGAAAAGGCUGUAAGGAGCAGCAUUUAUGGCCGUCCAGGGGCAUGCUACAUAGACAUUCCUGGAGACAUGGUGAAUGCCAAAGUGGACCGGACCAAUGUCAGGUUUGUAUCCUGCUGUCCCUCUCCACCAGCGAGCCUGGCAAACAGUCAAGAAAUCUCAGAGGCUGUUGGAGUUCUUAAACAGGCUCAGAGACCACUGAUCAUCAUUGGCAAAGGUGCAGCAUAUGGCAGAGCAGAGAAUGAGAUUAAAGAACUGGUGGAACUGAGUGGGAUACCGUUUCUGCCCACACCAAUGGGGAAAGGAGUGCUUCCUGAUGACCACCCUAACUGUGUGUCUGCUGCUCGAUCCAGAGCUCUACUGCAGGCAGAUGUGGUGUUGCUUCUGGGAGCCAGACUCAACUGGAUCCUGCACUUUGGCUUCCCACCCAGAUUCAGCCCUAAUGUAAAAGUAAUUCAGGUGGAUGUGUGUGCAGAGGAGUUGAGUAAUAACGUAAGAGCUGCUGCAGCACUGCUGGGAGACGUGAGGGCUGUAGUGGGCCAGUUGUUAGAGAGCCUGAAGUCAGACAGAUGGAGAUACCCAUCAGACACCGAGUGGUGGAUCACACUGAGAGAAAAGAUGGCUUCCAAUGCUCAGAUAUCAAAGGCUCUUGCUCUCCAUGCCACGCUGCCCAUGAACUACUACACUGCAUUCCACAAUAUUGCUGAGCUCCUGCCCAAAGACUGCAUCAUUGUGAGUGAGGGAGCCAACACCAUGGACAUCGGCCGCACCAUGCUGCUCAACCACUUUCCCCGACACAGAUUGGAUGCAGGGACUUUUGGCACUAUGGGAGUGGGGCCUGGUUUUGCCAUUGCAUCAGCAGUACUGGAGAAAUCCCAGGAGACAGGACGGAGAGUGGUGUGUGUGGAGGGCGACAGUGCCUUUGGAUUCUCAGGCAUGGAAGUAGAAACCAUGUGCAGAUAUAAGCUGCCAGUUAUCAUAAUCGUCAUCAACAAUAAUGGCAUCUACAGUGGGGUGGAUCCAGAGACAUGGAAGCAGAUGGAGAAGAUGGGAGACAUGACCACUGUAGCCCCUCCAGUGACGCUCCUGCCAGAGGCACGGUAUGAACAGGUGAUGUGUGCGUUUGGAGGCUGUGGGUAUUUGGUGCGGACAGUGGAAGAGCUGCGCAGUGCACUACAGCAAAGCCUGAGAGACACAGCCAUGCCAAGCCUACUCAACGUGCUUAUAGACCCAGCAGCCGACCGCAAGCAACAGGAUUUCCCCUGGCUCACUCGCUCCAAUCUGUAAGAGAGUUAAAAGAGGCAUUAAGCCAGAACAUUUUACCAUCCAUCACUUUCCCACUCUGCUCUUACAGUCAGUGGUCAGCUCUUUCAUUACUAACGACUGAUCAGAGCUUCAGCAGUGCCUACUGUGUCAGGUGCUCUGUAUGUUGAAUCUACUUUGUAGUACUUUGAACGUGAGAACCUGAAUUUUAGUGUAAUAUCUUCAUAAAAUGGUGCCAUAUCAUGCACAAAUGCUGCCUCUCAAAGUUUUGGAAUCAUAAUUGUUUUAAAAUAAAAAACAAUGUUGCUGAUAUAUAUCUGAUACUAUGCAGCUUCAUCAGAUAUUUUGUAGGAAAUUGUAACUUCUAUUUGUUUAAGAUGAUGAAUGGAACUGUGGAUGAAAGCUGAAAAGUUUAUAAUGAAUUUAUAUUAAUUCAAGUUUGUAAUGAAUUUAAUAUCUAGAAUGUUUUGUUUAGAAUGUUAAUGUCUCAAAUUUGCAAAGCAGGGAUCAAAUCCAAAGUUGGGUACUUUGAUUGAUAAACAGGUGUAAAUAGGCAAUUAAAAUACAGUAAAUAAUUUUGUAACUUAUUGUUAUGAACUACUUUAAAUGCUAAAUAAAACCUCAAAUUAC